UUACUUGACUUAAAUGCAGCCAGACUGCAGAGUGACCGGACACUGAUGUGGUCGACACGUUCUAAUAUUCUCUAAACCUUCAGAAUAUUUUCUCCCUCCAGACAAAAAAGUUUGUGCUUUUAGACUCAAUCAUCAGAGUAAGAACUGGUUGAAUGUGUGAGAAGUUUCCAGGUUGUUGGUCGACAGGAUCAACCGCUCGGCUCUUGUGUUUUUAAGGAUUCUGCUAUGGACCAGUGUGAGGAGGCAGAGGAGGGAGACUCUCCCUCUAAAACCAAGGAACAUGGCAGCCAGACCAAAGCUCAAAGCCCAGAGCACCAGCAGAGACCAGACUCUACUGAACCUGAACCCAGCUGUGUGUCCAUCAAGAGCCGCCAGUCCAUGGAUCCACCUUUCGUGUUUAAAAAAACACCUUCACCUUCAGAGACUCAUGUUCAUCAGCAGACACCAGACUCUCCUGUACCCAGCUGUGUGUCCAUCAAGAGUGACUGGUCCAUGAUUGAACCUAUUGGCUUUAUCAGAGAUGGAGAAAGUGUUCAGCAAGUUCCCGGUGGUCAGUCUGCCCAGCAUCAUCCAACAGAUUUGACGUCCAUAUUUAUGCAUCUUGAGGAAAGCAUUGUCACCUUUGUGAAGAACGAGCUGGAAAAGUUCCAAAAGAUUCUGAGUCUAGAUUACCCAGAAUGCUUAGAGAGGCAGAGUGACGUUGAGGAGGCGUUGGAUGGUGAGGAGGAGGAGAAGAGGAGAAGCAGCAGAGAGGCGUUUCUGAAUAUCGCACUGCACUUCUUGAGGAGAAUGAAGCAGGAAGAGCUGGCGGACUCUCUGCAGAGCAGAACUGUUGCUGCAGCUUCUCGACAUCAACUCAAAUCUAACCUGCAGAAGAAGUUUCAGUGUGUGUUUGAGGGGAUCGCUAAAGCAGGCAACCCAACCCUUCUGAAUGACAUGUACACUGAGCUCUACAUCACAGAGGGAGGGACUGCAGAGGUCAAUGAAGAACAUGAGGUCAGACAGAUUGAAACAGCAUCCAGGAAACCAGAGAGACCAGAAACAACAAUCAGAUGUGAAGACAUCUUUAAACCCUUACCUGGAAGACACCAACCGGCCAGAACACUGAUGACAAAGGGAGUGGCUGGCAUCGGGAAAACAGUCUUGACACAGAAAUUCACUCUGGACUGGGCUGAAGACAAAGCAAACCAGGACAUACAGUUCACAUUUCCAUUCACUUUCAGAGAGCUGAAUGUGCUGAAAGAGAAAAAGUACAGCUUGGUUGAACUUGUUCAUCACUUCUUUACUGAAACCAAAGAAGCAGGAUUGUGCAGGUUUGAAGAGUUCCAGGUUGUGUUCAUCUUUGACGGUCUGGAUGAGUGUCGACAUCCUCUGGACUUCCACAACAAUGAGAUCCUGACUGAUGUCACAGAGUCCACCACAGUGGAUGUGCUGCUGACAAACCUCAUCAGGGGGAAACUGCUUCCCUCUGCUCGCCUCUGGAUAACCACACGACCUGCAGCAGCCAAUCAGAUCCCUCCUGACUUUGUUGACAUGGUGACAGAGGUCAGAGGGUUCACUGACCCCCAGAAGGAGGAGUACUUCAGGAAGAGAUUCAGAGAUGAGGAGCAGGCCAACAGAAUCAUCUCCCACAUCAAGACAUCACGAAGCCUCCACAUUAUGUGCCACAUCCCAGUUUUCUGCUGGAUUGCGUCUACAGUUCUGGAGGAUGUGUUGGAAACCAGAGAGGGAGAAGAGCUGCCCAAGACCCUGACUGAGAUGUACACCCACUUCCUGGUGGUUCAGACCAAAGUGAAGAACAUCAAGUAUGAUGGAGGAGCUGUGACAGAUCCACACUGGAGUCCAGAGAACAGGAAGAUGAUUGUGUCUCUGGGAAAACUAGCUUUUGAGCAGCUGCUGAAAGGCAACCUGAUCUUCUAUGAGUCAGACCUGACAGAGUGUGACAUCGAUAUCAGAGCAGCCUCAGUGUACUCAGGAGUGUUCACGCAGAUCUUUAAAGAGGAGAGUGGACUGUACCAGGACAAGUUGUUCUGCUUCGUCCAUCUGAGUGUUCAGGAGUUUCUGGCUGCUCUUCAUGUCCAUCUGACAUUCAUCAACUCUGGUGUCAAUCUGCUGUCAGAAAAACAAUCAGCCUUCCGUUGGUGGGGGUUUCUAUUUUGGAGCAAACCUGAACCAACACAUCUCCACCAGAGUGCUGUGGACAAGGCCUUGCAGAGUCCAAAUGGACACCUGGACUUGUUCCUCCGCUUCCUCCUGGGUCUUUCACUGCAGACCAAUGAGACUCUCCUACGAGGUCUGAUGACACAGACAGGAAGUAGCUCAAAGACCAAUCAGGAAACAGUCGAGUACAUCAAGAAGAAGAUCAGUGAGAAUCCGUCUCCAGAGAGAACCAUCAAUCUGUUCCACUGCCUGAAUGAACUGAAUGAUCGUUCUCUAGUUGAGGAGAUCCAACAGUACCUGAGAUCAGGACAUCUCACCACAGAUAAUCUGUCUCCUGCUGAGUGGUCAGCUCUGGGCUUCAUCUUACUGUCAUCAGAAAAUGAUCUGGACGUGUUUGACCUGAAGCAAUACUCUGCUUCAGAUGAGGUUCUUCUGAGGCUGCUGUCUGUGGCCAAAUCUUCCAACAAAGCUCUGCUGAGUGGCUGUAAUCUGUCUGAGAGAAGCUGUGAAGCUCUGUCUUCAGUUCUCAGCUCCCAGUCCUCUAGUCUGAGAGAGCUGGACCUGAGUAACAACGACCUGCAGGAUUCAGGAGUGAAGCUCCUGGCUGCUGGAUUGGAGAGUCCACACUGUACACUGGAGACUCUCAGGCUGAGUCAAACUGGGCUCACAAUGAAAUGCUGUCAGGGGCUCUCAUCAGUUCUCAGCUCUCAGUCCUCUAGUCUGAGAGAGCUGGACCUGAGUAACAACGACCUGCAGGAUUCAGGAGUGAAGCUGGUCUGUGUUGGACUGGAGAGUCCACUAUGUACACUGGAGACUCUCAGGCUGAGUGGCUGUGAUCUGUCAGAGAAAAGCUGUGAAGCUCUGUCCCCAGUUCUCAGCUCUAAGUCCUCUAGUCUGAGAGAGCUGGACCUGAGUAACAACUACCUGCAGGAUUUAGGAGUGAAGCUGGUCUCUGCUGGACUGGAGAGUCCACACUGUACACUGGAGAGUCUCAGGCUGAGUGGCUGUAAUCUGUCAGAGAGAAGCUGUGAAGCUCUGUCCUCAGUUCUCAGCUCUCAGUCUUCUAGUCUGAGAGAGCUGGACCUGAGUAACAAUGACCUGCAUGAUUCAGGAGUGAAGCUGGUCUGUGUUGGACUGGAGAGUUCACACUGUACACUGGAGACUCUCAGGCUGAGUGGCUGUAAUCUGUCAGAGAGAAGCUGUGAAGCUCUGUUCUCAGUUUUCAGCUCUCAGUCCUCUAGUCUGAGAGAGCUGGACCUGAGUAACAACAAACUGAAGGAUUCAGGAGUGAAGCUGCUGGCUGCUGGACUGGAGAGUCCACAAUGUAAACUGGAGACUCUCAGGUUGAGUCAAACCGGGCUCACAAUGAAAUGUUGUCAGGAGCUCUCAUCAGUUCUCAGCUCUAAGUCCUCUAGUCUGGUAGAGCUGGACCUGAGUAACAACGACUUGCAGGAUUCAGGAGUGAAGCUGGUCUCUGCUGGACUGGAGAGUCCACACUGUACACUGGAGACUCUCAGGCUGAGUGUCUGUAAUCUGUCGGAGAGAAGCUGUGAAGCUCUGUCCUCAGUUCUCAGCUCUCAGUCCUCUAGUCUGAGAGAGCUGGACCUGAGUAACAACGACCUGCAGGAUUCUGGAGUGAAGCUGGUCUGUGUUGGACUGGAGAGUCCACACUGUACACUGGAGACUCUCAGGUUGAGUCAAACCAGGCUUACAAAGAAAUGCUGUCAGGAGCUCUCCUCAGUUCUCAGCUCUCAGUCCUCUAGUCUGAGAGAGCUGGACCUGAGUAACAACGACCUGCAGGAUUCAGGAGUGAAGCUGGUCUCUGCUGGACUGGAGAGUCCACAAUGUACACUGGAGAGUCUCAGGCUGUCUGGCUGUCUGAUCACAGAGGAAGGCUGUACUUCUCUGGCCUCAGCUCUGAGAUUCAACCCCUUCCAUCUGAGAGAGCUGGACCUGAGCUACAAUCAUCCAGGAGACUCGGGAGUGAAGCUGCUUUCUGCUGGACUGGAGGAUCCACACUGGAGACUAGAAACUCUCAGGAUGGAAGAUGGUGGAGAGCAGAGGCUGAAACCUGGUCUGAGGAAGUAUGCCUGUGAACUCACACUGGACACAAACACAGUAAACAGAAACCUCAAACUGUCUGACAACAACAGGAAGGUGACAGCAGUGACAGAGGAACAGCCAUAUCCUGAUCAUCCAGAUAGGUUUGACUACUGGCCUCAUGUUAUGUGUAGAAAUAGUCUGACUGGUCGCUGUUACUGGGAGGUCGAGUGGAGAGGAAGGGGUAAUAUAUCAGUGAGUUACAGAAGAAUCAGGAGGAGAGGAACAAGAGGUCACUGCAGGUUGGGAGGGAAGGAUCUGUCCUGGAAUCUGUUGUACUCUGAUGUUGAAGGUUACUCUGUCAGUCACAACACGAAAAAUACAUGCCUCCCCUCCUCCUCCUUCUCAUCAUCCUCGUCCUCCUCAUCUUCUGUCUCUAACAGAGUAGGAGUGUAUGUGGACUGUCCUGCUGGCAUUCUGUCCUUCUACAGAGUCUCCUCUGACACACUGAUCCACCUCUACACCUUCAACACCACAUUCACCAAACCUCUUUAUCCUGGGUUUGGGUUUGGGCUUGGGUUAUUCUCAUAUAGUCCUUCAGUGACUCUGUGUUCACUGUAGGAGGGAGAAUCUCCUCCUGUGUGGUGAAACACUCACACUGCUGACAAACACACACACACUUUUUGAAAGUCAUGCUUACUCAUAAUUACAAGAAAACAUCCGUCUCCCUUUUCUCUCUCCAGUAAAUACACUGCAUAUCUCUGAUUUUAAAUACCUUGAAAUACCUUUCAAGAAUGUUUUCAUUUAGAUUUUUGGUGUAAAGAUGUUUUAGUACAGUAUCUAUUUUCAAUAAAGGAUCCACACACACAUGAGAAUAUCAAAAAAUUAAUGUUUUUCAUCUUACUUUGUAAAAAUAUGAUUCCUUAGUGUUUUGUAUUUAGUAUUUAGAUUAGAUCCUGAUGGGCAAAGUUGGCACCUUGCAUGGCAGCCUCUGCCAUCAGUGUAUGAAUGGGUGAAUGCUGACAUGUAGUGUAAAGCGCUUUGAGUGGUAGGAAGACUAGAAAAGCGCUAUAUAAAUGCUAUAUAAAAGUCCAUUUACCAUUUACAUAUAAUGGAAAUGCUCAAGUAAAGUACUUCAGAACAGUAUUUGAGAAGCCAAUUUACUUUGUUAGGCCUACUUUCCACUCCCAAAGCUAAACCAUGGAUGUAUUAAAGGGACUGUUUGUAACUUUUUAAGCGUAUAAAUGUACCGGGUCAGGACUAAGACUGAGAUUUAAUGUUGAUCACAAUAACUGCAACUUUUGUGAGACUGAGA